CCCACGAGGCUCCCGAGAGGGUGCGCGCACCCGCUCCCGCGGGGAUCCUUCCGAGGCCGAGCCCCUUGCGGCGCAAGCGGGGUCCGUAGCCGUUCAGGCGCAAGCCAAGUCGGGCACCGUAAUCUCACACUCACCCAUAACUACUAUAACCUCACUCUGCCAUCACCGGUAGCCAAACUCUUCCAUCGGCGCCAUGGUGGCCCCGCUGCUGCUGGCGCUGUGCGCCCCCAUGGCCGGGGGCAUCGCCCUCCAUUCGGACGCUCGGCACGCGGGCGGCAAGGCCGACGGGUUCAGCUCGGCCCUGUCGCAGGAGACCCUGGACUUCUUCCGCCAUCUCGAGAACGCAUCUUCGAGGCGGCCCGCGAUCAUGCCGCCAGGAGACGUCCGUCGGGCAUGGCAGUCGAGGCACACGCACGGGCACGCGAAUGGUGACGCCAGUCUCCUGGACCUCGCGGACAGCGACGCGUUCCAGCCUUCCGACGAGUUCCAGAGGGCGGGCGAGGAGCAGGGCGAGGGCUCCGAGCUGCCCUGGGGCAUCGGCAUGCGGGGCGACUCGAAGCCUCUCUACGAGUACUCGGCUAUGCCCACGCUCGACGUCCCCCACUACGUCGAGUACAGCCUGGAGUCUGGGAAUAAUAUCCAGACCUUUAGCAGCGCUUGGCAGGACGUCAAGCUCAUAACGCAGGUGCUCGAGAACGUCACCAACGGCUUCUACUUGGACACCCACGGCGGGGAUGGCGAGACGAACAGCUACACGCUUCUGCUCGAGCUCACCGGCUGGCGCGGCCUCAUAAUUGAGCCCCUAAUCUACAAUUUCGCAAAUUUGUGGGGCAAGUUGCGGAAAGCGUGGAUAUUCCUCGGGUGUGUGUCUCCGACCUGGAACGCCACGCAGAUCGGUUUCGACACCGAGGGCGUAAUCGACAUGGAGAGCGGUCACUUCGUCCCGGCCUACAACAUUCCUGCCUUCAUGGAGGAGCUGGGCGGCCGUAAGACUAUCGACUUCUGGGCCGUACACAAUGGCCAUUAUGAGGCAGAGGUCCUGAAUGAAACCUUCCUUUAUUCGGGGAAGAACAUCGAGUUCGGGGUCGUCUUGGUCCGCUUCGAUGGUCGUCGUACUGGUCGUGGCUAUCAGUUCUUCGCUCAGCACAGGUCCAAAGACGCUACCGAAGAGCUCAUCUUUGAGAUCAUGCGCACCGCCUCCUUCAAUUACAUCGGUGGCCUGGACGCGUACUGGAUCAACUAUGUCGAGCCGCGCUUUGGUUACAUGGACCAUGUGUGGGUGAACCCUGCGUACUUCGAGAGGCGCGGCCUCCCAGUCCCCUCGUGGUGCAAGUCGGCGCCCCCGCCCAAACUGGAGUACACCGAUCAGAAGGCAGGGGCCAUCCCUUGGGACGCGGGCUACACCUACAAAGAGGAGGUCAACAAGGUGAUGGCGUACAUGGCGAAUGCGAAGCGGGCUGCCGCGGCGACGGAGUCGGCCGCCCAAGCGCACCGCGUGGUGGCGACCGAGCUGCCGUCGGUGAAGCAUUGAGCUCGCCCACCCGAAGGAUGCUGGCGUCGCCCCCGGCGGCGUGCCAGCCUGGCCACGUCAGGCCGCCCCCUGCACUCAGGUCUGCGCUUCGGCGAGGCAGCAGGGGGUGGCAGUGCCCACUGUGGCCCCGCUGUGAUGCAGCAUCGUCCGGGAAGCUUCCCUAGAAACUAAACUUCCGAGAUCUCCGUGCGCACUAGCGCCGCAGAUUGCUCCAGUUCUGCUGUCGCCUGCUUCUAGUUCUCGCCCGACUCGGGAAUCCUGAGCCGGGGCGAGGAGAGAUGAGGAGUGAGACGACCACGAGGACGAGGGG